AUGGCUCGUUAUUCUGACUCCACUACCAUGGUGGUAAAUGACUCAGAUGUUAAUGAAGAUGCCAAUAGCGAGUCGAAAACAUGUGGGAAAAUCCUGGUGGUGCUCUCCUGGAUCCUAGUCAUAAUAACAAUGCCGUUCUCACUUUUCAUCUGCUUUAAGGUGGUUCUAGAGUACGAGCGAGCUGUUAUUUUUCGUCUGGGACGUCUACUCUCUGGUGGCGCUAAGGGACCAGGAAUUUUCUUCAUUCUGCCUUGUAUCGACACCUACGCUCGAGUUGACUUGCGAACCCUUACCUACGAUGUACCGCCACAGGAGGUUUUGACCAAAGACUCCGUGACUGUGUCCGUCGAUGCAGUGGUUUAUUAUCGUGUCCAUAACGCCACUAUAUCUAUUGCCAAUGUAGAGAAUGCUCAUCACUCUACUCGUCUCCUCGCUCAAACGACUCUUCGCAACACUAUGGGCACUCGACCACUUCAUGAGAUUCUAAGCGAAAGGGAGACUAUAUCCGGAAACAUGCAAAUCUCUUUGGACGAAGCAACCGAAGCUUGGGGUAUCAAAGUGGAACGUGUUGAAAUCAAAGAUGUCCGUCUGCCAGUACAAUUGCAGCGAGCGAUGGCUGCUGAGGCUGAAGCUGCUAGAGAGGCACGAGCUAAAGUAAUUGCUGCUGAAGGGGAACAAAAAGCUUCCCGCGCUCUACGUGAGGCCUCUGAGGUCAUUGGCGACAGUCCUGCUGCUUUGCAACUGCGUUACUUACAGACUCUGAAUACUAUUUCGGCUGAGAAGAACUCAACGAUCGUGUUCCCACUACCAAUCGACCUCCUCACGUACUUCAUAAAAGCAAGAGAGGAGUCUUAA